ACAGUUGCAGGUGUUGGAAUUGAUGAUAAAUCCAUUAAUCCUGCAGAAGACGUUGAUAUUGGUCUCUUUAGCGAAGCUGAGGCUUAUGAGAACCCUAAAUUCCAAAGGUUUGUGACACGUUGCACUUGGCAUGUUGCUGAAACAUACGUAGAGCAUGAACAUGAAGCAGUUGAAUCCAAAACACCCCAAGUGUUUCAGCCAUCCGUAAAUGGUUUUCCAAUAAACUUACCACCACCCAUAAAGCCACCAAACAUAGGUGCUACUUCUCAAGUAUCCCCACCCGAAUCUCCUAACCCUUUCCUCAUUCACAUUAUCAAAUUCCUAACUGUCUUGAGAACCUGCGCUCAUGUCACUGCACAUACUUGUUUGACUGCUCCUAAUCUUGCUGCAUCACUUUUAGCAGCUUGUCUCAUUCCAUCUCUUAAUCAAUGCGUAAAUCCCACUGCAGGUACCCCACCUAUUAUUGGCCCAUCUAUUGUGCCAUUAAAUGAUCUCAGACAUAAAGGGUAAAGUAUCUUGGAGUUAGGUACUUGCCAUAUUAGUAUAUUACUAGUACAAGAAUACCCGGUUUGAUCAGCCUAUAAUCCUUUUUCUAGCAUAGAAAUUUAACUCUUUAUCUCCCUUGAAACAUCCCUCCCUACUGAUAAUGCCAACAAUAUAGAUUGACUUGCAAGCUUGUUUUAUGAUAAAGCAGAGUCUGUUAUGCCUUCAAUAUUCCAAUUAGCUAGUAUGUAUAAUAAAUCAUAAUAAAUGUCAUGAUCGAUCAUCUGGUGUUCCUACUAAAUAGUAGUAAAACAUGCUUUAUUUCU